UAAUGAAUAUGCUCGAGUUGCUUAUGAACACAAGUCACCCUCCCACCACCUCAUAGACUAUUUUGGGAUAAUUCUUUAUAUAACUUUGGUAUGAAGUGUACAACAUUUGUUGUUGUGGCAAGUCAUCCAAGGAAAACCAAAACAAAGAGUUUUCAAAGAUACUUUUAUUUAUCUUCUUGUAACCAUAGCAGUUUGAAAAACUCUUCUUCUUUGCCCUCACAAAAGUGUAGAGAAUGUCUCAUUGUAGGACUAGGAAACCCAGGAAGUAACUUGAGCAACACUCGCCAUAACUUGGGAUUCGACAUAUUGGAUUUCUAUGCAAACCGAUAUUCUUUUACUUUUACUAAAGAUAAAUAUUUGAACGCUGAAUAUGCUUGUCAUCUUUAUCCUAAUGCAAAAGUACACUUUUUAAAGCCUAUGACUUUUAUGAAUAACAGUGGACAAUCCAUUGCAGCUAUGAUGCGUCGAAUAGCUUUUUCCACGGAAAAUAUUUUGGUGAUAGUGGACGAUAUGAGUUUGCCUUUUGGUCAAACGAGGCUAAGACUGAAAGGUAGUAACGGUGGUCAUAAUGGUUUGAAAAGUGUGGAGAAAGUGUUAGGUUCCAAUCAAUAUGUUCGUCUAAGAGUUGGUAUAGACUCACCUAAAGGAGAUGUUCCAGCACAAGUUUAUGUAUUGAGUCCUUUUUCUCCUGUUGAAAAGAAACAAUUAGUUGAUGUGUUUUGGUAAGUAGAUUACUUAUUCUAAAUAGUAUUCUGU